UUCCUGUGGGCUACAGAUCCAGUAGUGCCCACCAAUCCCCCUCAGGGGGGAUCAUCUGAGAGCAGGUACAGGUAUAAUGUAGGAGGACAUUGUUGGAGCAUGGUAUAAUGUUAUAUUUGAUGAUGGUGUGAGAGGUGAGCCAUUGAACAGGAAGGUGCUGGAGCCUGAGAUGAACAGAUUGCUCUUUAUGUGUCUCUGUGUAUUUUCUGCAGGAGGCAGUAAGGGCAGACUGGAUGAAUAUGGGAUCAGGAAUAGCUGCGAUUCUGGAGACACAGCAAUGUAUGAAGAGCAGAGCAAUGUGAGCAGCACAGGAGUGGAGGGUGCUGGAUGCGCUCGCUGUUUGCACACCCGGGAACAGCAGAAGGUGUGAGAAGGAUUCGGAAUAAUUUGUUUUCUGUUGCUGGCAGAUUCCAGAUAAAAAAGAAUUUGGUUUCCUAGCAACAGCAGCUGAUUUCCCAUAAUGAGUCUGUCCGUCUGCUGAGAUCUCUUCAUUUCUCCCGCAGAAGCUGCGAGCUUUUUCUCCAGUGAAGCCAAUCUCCGGGGGCUGUUGGGGGUCUGAGCUCACACCGGGGAGAACAGUGCUGGCACUGGCACAUACCUAUUGUUAGGGAGAGCAGCAAGCCAAGGGGAGCACAGGCUGCUAGGUAGUGUAGAAGAGAACUAGUGAUAAGGGGUUAAGAGGAGAGAAUGACACCAUCAGAUAAGGGGGAGAGGUGAAACAUAGGGGGCAGCAGAGAGAUCAGGGGGUGGAGGGGGCAUCUACAAGGGCAGAAGAGUGAGCUAGUUAGUAGGAGUCACCCAGCUGGUGAGCACACAUCACAUCUGAUAGCUCUCUCCUCCCUCCUGAUGCCUGGAUGCCUCUCAUCCUCUUCUCUGGACACCUAAUACCUACCUGAAGACUCUCCUGAAUUGCACAAGUCUCCUGUAAAUCAGCUACACAUACAAUAAUGACUCGUUUCAGAGCUUGGUCCUAAUGGUUUCGUACAUCUUGAGGAACUUCAGUUUAUAUGAAAAUGGAGGAUUAUCUACGACUUCUGUACCUUAAUGUGACUGGACGUCUGGGCCCUAACUGGGAAGGGGACGACCCAUGUGCAGAAUCUGUUGGCAAUGUAACCUUUUUAGUUGUGGCUUACAGUGCUCUCAUAGCUGUGGGACUUAUUGGAAAUUCUUGCCUGGUCUUUGUCAUUGCACGUCAACGGGAGAUGAGGAAUGUCACAAACAUUUUUAUUGCUAAUCUUUCCUGCUCUGAUAUACUUAUGGCUUUGGUGUGUCUACCCGUCACUGUAAUUUACACUCUUAUGAACCGCUGGAUUCUAGGCGAGGCACUCUGCAAAGUUACACCAUUUGUGCAGUGUAUUUCUGUCACAGUCUCUGUGCUGUCACUAGUCCUCAUUGCUUUGGAAAGGCAUCAGCUCAUUAUUCACCCAACUGGUUGGAAGCCCUUGCCAUGGCAUGCUUAUCUUGCUGUUGCUGUAACUUGGGCCAUUUCAUGCUUCAUUUCUUUGCCAUUCCUUUCUUUUAGCAUUCUAACCAAGCAACCAUUCCAGAACCUAUCAUUGCCAUUUGACCCUUUCAUUGACCACUUUGUUUGCACUGACAGUUGGCCUUCUGAGAAUCACCGUCUGGCUUACACCACCUGUCUUCUGCUCUUCCAGUACUGCCUACCCCUACUACUUAUUCUCCUUUGCUACCUCCGUAUCUUUCUGCGACUGCGAAGGAGGAGGGAUGUGGUAGAGCGAGCAGGGGGUGGGGAUUCAGUUGGACGCAGGGGAGGCCACCGCAGAGUAAAUAUCAUGCUUCUUUCUAUUGUAGUAGCCUUUGGCCUUUGUUGGCUUCCCCUCACUGUAUUCAAUGCCCUUUUUGAUUGGGACCAUGAGAGCAUUUCAUCCUGCUACCACAACCUUAUAUUUUCUCUUUGCCACCUGGCAGCCAUGGCAUCCACUUGUGUCAACCCUGUCAUGUAUGGUUUCCUCAACAGUAACUUCCAAAAGGAAGUGAAGACCUUGCUUCUCCGUUGCCGCUGUGCAGGGGGUCGGGAUAAGUAUGAAAGUUUCCCACUCUCCACUGUCAGUACUGAGGUGUCAAAGGCUUCUCUACAAAGUGUAACUAAUGGAAACAAUGUUUAAGGCAAGCUGUCUGGAACCUGGUAUGAGUUUGAUAGACAAAUAGUCGGACAUUCAUCUCUAAUUUCUGAUUUGUAAUUCUGAAGCACAAAGUUGUGCCAAAAUGCUGCUUCCUGGAAAUUCUCUCGUGUUACAUAAAGCUUAAACCAUGCCAAUGACACCAAUUUCUGCUACUUUACUGCACAUGUUUACAUUGAAUAAUAUAAGAAAAAAAUAUAUUUAUAAUACCAAGACGUUUUGACCCUCAUCUAGCAGCAUGCACACUGAUGUUUGUGAGUUGUGUUCUUCUUCAUACCAUUCAGACAUUAUUGAUUGGACAAAAAAAGAAAUCAUCAGCCUUAUCCAAUUGUCACCAAUUGCUUUUCAUCAAAGAGUGUCACUUUUAAGCAGUCACUUUAAAACAAAUCAGGAGUUGAGCAUGUUGCAAAUAUUAUUACCAUGAGAGCUCCUGUUUCUUCCCAAGACAGCCUCACCAAACCUUUCUUACUGCACAUAUACUCCCCGACUUAACAAAUGUGGACAUUUGCUUCUCAAGUUGCACUAAACACAAGAAAAGAUCUGAUUGAUAACUGCAUGAUGUGUAACAGAACUUGAGAAUAAAAGGACUACACUAGUUACCUGCACUUUACAUGUAAUUGUUAAAUGGGAAUAUAGGUAUUCUUGACCCGUGAGAAACCUGAGUGGCCAUUUUCAUCUGGAUAUACUGCAAGCAUGGACCUGCUCUGAAGAUCUUCUGGCAGAUGGCAGCAGCUGACUUACCCACAAGUUCUGACAUUUGAUGUUUACAUGUAUACAACGAUAUGUUUGUAGAACUUUUAUAUAUUUCCCAUCCUGCAUAGAAUGUAUGGGCUCAUUGGGCUGGCCUCCAGAUGUAUUUUAAGUGUUAAACUGGUUACAGAGAAGCUCUUCGGCAUCAGCACAACGUAUUUAUAUGGUUGGCACCACGUGGAAUUAGCAGUUAUUUUUAACAAGCUGAACGGCUAUAUUCCCAAGCCAAUGCAGUAUUGAUUAAUGACUGGCAUAGCUACAACCAUUCGUUGCCACCCUGGCAGUAUUUUUAUAUCUGGAUUGCAGUUGAAUUUGUUAUCUUCAUUGAAUAUGAAACAAGAAGCUAAUUCAGGGUAACAUGGUCUAAAAUGAGCGAAAACUGGAAAAUGUUUAUAUUAUUAUCCUAUGACAUAUCUGUAAAAUGGUUUGUGCCGUACAAUUUUAACGGCUUACAGACACUGGAAAGCAUUUAAAGUCACUGAUGAAAAAAUGCAUGGUAAAGGACUACAUUUAAGUGGAACUAUAGGCAAAACUUUUUUUUUCUUUUUCAUUUUGGAUAAAGAAAGAGAAGGUUAUAAC